GCAAAGUUAGGGGCUUAGAACCAACUUAGAUUUGUCUUUGGUAAUUCUACACCCUCAAUAAUGGCGAAGCUCCUCCUACAACACUCCUUCACCAUCUCCUUCCUCCUCAUAAUUCUCUCAUUCUUCUCAACCUUCGCCACCAUUGAAUCCAAGCAUUUCUCUAGAAGCCUAUCCCCAUCAUCGUUAGGGCUCAAGCGAGAGAAACUUAGCCAUCUCCACUUCUACUUCCAUGACAUAGUCGCUGCCAAAAACCCUACCGCCAUGCGUGUGGCCCAAGCAAACACGACCAGCGCCUCCUCACCAUUUGGUGCGGUGGUGAUGAUCGAUGACCCUUUGACGGUCGACCCCGAUAUCAACUCCAAACCCGUUGGGAAAGCACAAGGGAUUUAUGCAUUAGCAUCGCAAAGUGAUGCUAGCUUGUUGAUGGCGUAUAACUUUGCUUUCAUGGAAGGGAAGUAUAAUGGGAGCAAUCUCAGCCUACUGGGGCGCAACACGGUGUUUUCACCGGUGAGGGAAAUGCCGAUCGUUGGUGGGAGCGGCGUUUUCAGGUUGGCUCGUGGAUAUGCUGAAGCAAGGACGCAUACGUUUGAUCUCAAGACUGGAAAUACGGUUGUGGAAUAUAAUGUCUACGUUUUCCAUUAUUAAAGGAUGAGUUUGUUUCCUCUUUACUUUGUGUUUUUUUAUUUCUUCAUCUGCUCUAAGUUUUGCUUUUUUUUGGAUAAUGUUAAUGCAUGUUAAUAAAAGUUACAAUCGUUUGUGGCUA